AUGAAGAGUAUCCUCGCCCUCGUCGAUUCCAUCCAGGCUGAAGAAUCGCCUGUUUCGGCAUUGAGAUUUAUCGACCUUGAGUAUAACUCCUCCACGCGGAGGGUAUUCGAAAUUGGCAUGUGCGAUGCCAACGGAACUGUGACCAUGGAUUGCUUGACUUCAUACGGAUCCAAGGCCCUCCACGCUGUGACCAACGACGACACUGUUGUUGAAAGACGCAUAGAUGGCAUAAUCGAGACUUCUGUUAAACAACAUCACUGCGCCCAUGGCUCCAUAACUGCAAAGCAGGUCGCAGAUGAGCUCAGGCUGCAGGGCAUUUCACAGGAGACUAUUUUCGUGUCAUGGCACAGCAACGCAUUUAGCCUGUCUCUAUCGCGCGAGUGGUUGGAGUCUGAGGGGGAGUAUGGGGUACUACCCCCCGGCCCCCACUGUAUCCCAACCAUCCCGUAUUUCCGGCGAAACCUUGGGGAUGUCAAAUCGAAGAAUGGCCGGGACUUUCCUCUGUCCCUGCCCACCAUGUCCCCAACCAUGAUGACCCCACGCCACGAGCUGUACGGGAGGAAUCGCCACGCCAUUAUAGACGCUCAGCAGCUGAAAUGCAUGACGGACGUCUUCGGGACACUAUGUCGGCUUCAAGAUCGCCGGGAUGGUUGGUUAGAGCAUCUCCGACACACUGCAGGCCGACCAAGCCUCCAUCAGGCUAGAUUGGAGCCGUUCUGGGCGCAGUAA